CUCGAGGAGCACAGUGCGCCCCAGUUGGCAGGUUGAUCUGAUGGGCUCAUUGUGCCGAGGCGUGUCGCGGAGUUGGUGCGAAUUGGAGUGAUGAUGUCAUAACCAAGCAUCUAAUGACUUGACCACCAACAAAUGCAUACUCCUUUUGCUGAAUUAUAAGAACUACACAGAGCUUUGACAAAUGAACGCGGAAUCUGUUCGUACAGGUGCUUGUUCAUGAUGCCUAUUGUGGGCACAACAUCUCUCGCAAAUUCGCUCCUCAGCCUAACUCUGGCACCUAUCAUCGCUGGUGCUAAUAGCGGUAUUGGUCCAUCGAUUGCAGUUGCUCUUGCAAAGCAGGGCGCUGCUGUCCUCCUCGCCUGCCGCAAUGCUGAUCGCGGGGCAGCAGCGGCCGAUCAUAUCAUCGUUCAGUGCGAUGGAAAGAAGCAAAGCGAUGGUGAGCUGUAUCAUCCUCGAUUUCGGCGACCUCUCAAGCGUACGGAAGAUGGGACGCAGAUCGACAUGCUGGUGCACAACGCUGGGAUCGACGCACCGCCCCACCGGGAGUUGAAUAGAGACCAAAGAAGGCCUGGACAUCCUGUACACAACCAACUUCUUAGGCAGCUCUCUGGUAACGCACCUUCUCGGAUCAUCAUUGGAUUAGACGGCCACAAUAGUAUUGACCAGCUCGACGGAUAGUCAUUCUGCCGCCGCACAUUUUCUCCACGAAGGAGUUCUUGGCAAAAUGAUGAACUCACCGGAGCCA